UAGUAUCUCGUCGAUGCUCUGGUGUGACUCAUCUUUUCUCACGCGCGCGCAUGUCGCCUGACCGACCUGACGUUAGUCGAAGAUGGCGGCGAAUGGCGGCGUACGUCUCCUACUCGUAGGAGUUCUGUGUAUUUUUCUCUUGAAACUAUGCAAUGGUGCGGCGACGGACAUCAAAUUGGACGCCAAGGCUCAGCUGUUGCACCGGCUCGACAGUCUCAAUCUCCUGCUCUACACGUUCCUAUUGAUUUUAACCGUUUUAACAAUAUGGAUGUUCAAGCACCGCCGCUUGAGGUUCCUCCAUGAAACUGGUCUGGCUGUCAUCUAUGGCUUAAUCAUAGGAGCGAUAAUACGUUAUGGUUUCACGACGAGCAGUACUAUUCUGCAUAUGCCGGUGGUUCCAGAUAAUUCCAGCAAAUACAAUCAAUCUGUACCACCGGACACGCUAUGGUUACGUUUCCCGGAAGAUAAGGGUGGUGGUGUCGUAAAAAACAAAACAUUCGCAUAUUCGUUUCGUGGCGAAAUUUACAAGGAAGAUAAUGAAAUCGAUUUGAAGGCAACUUUUGAUCCUGAAAUAUUUUUCAAUAUCAUACUGCCUCCCAUUAUCUUCCAUGCUGGAUAUAGUUUGAAGCGUAGAUACUUCUUCAGAAAUUUAGGUGCAAUUCUCAUGUAUGCUUUGAUAGGAACUUCUAUAUCAGCUUUUGUUAUUGGAGCUCUGAUGUAUGCCUUUGUACAAUUGAUACCACAUCUCUCCACGUCGUUCACAUUUCUGGAUACCCUAUAUUUUGGCGCUCUAAUAUCGCCUACGGAUCCUCUGACGAUAAUAUCCAUCUUCAACGACCUACAUGUAGACGUUAAUCUAUAUGCUUUGGUAUUCGGCGAGAGUGUAUUGAACGAUGCAGUCGCCAUUGUACUUAGUGGCUCAAUACAAAACUACGCAGAACGAUACCAGUCGGGAUCGGGUGGUUUCGAAACCGUGGCGUUCUUCCAGGCGUUCGGAGACUUUGUUGAAAUAUUUAGUUUGUCUCUCUUUAUCGGUGCUACAAUGGGGUGCAUCACUGCAUUAUUGACCAAGUUCACCAGGGUUCGAGAUUUUCCUCUCUUAGAGUCGGCGUUAUUCGUUUUAAUGUCAUAUAGUACAUUUUUAAUUGCUGAAGCUACCGAUCUUACAGGCGUGGUUGCUGUUCUCUUCUGUGGAAUAUGCCAGGCUCAUUACACGUAUAACAACCUGAGUCUGGACUCGCGUCAGCGUACAAAACAACUGUUCGAGCUGUUAAAUUUCUUAGCCGAGAAUUUCAUAUUUAGUUACAUCGGCGUCUCGAUGUUUACCUUUCCAAAACAUCAUUUUGAUCCUGGUUUUAUUUUCGCAGGAUUUUUAUGCGCGUUACUGGGUCGCGCGGCUAAUGUUUAUCCAUUAUCUUUCAUACUGAAUCUGGCGCGAAAGCCGAAGAUAUCGUUAAACUAUCAGCACAUGCUGUUCUUCGCAGGAUUGCGUGGCGCCAUGAGCUUCGCUCUCGCCAUCAGGAAUACCGUGUCGGACGCCAGGCAAGCUAUGUUAACCACGACUAGCUUGAUUGUUAUAUUGACGGUUAUUCUACAAGGAGGCGCAACAACGCAAUUUUUAAGCUGGUUCAAUAUUCCAGUCGGAGUAGAUGAAGAAAUAGAAGGACUUUCUCAUAAUGGAACGCGCAGUUCUGGCGGCGAGGGUGGCUACUGUGAUCUGGAUAUACGUAGGGGAAGAAGUCCGCCGUAUAAUUCUAUGCAGGACGGAUCGUUACCAGGCGGCGGUAGUAGCAGUGGUGGUAUCGGUGGCACGAAACCUAACGAAAAGGCGUUGCUCGCGAGAAUUUGGGGCGAUUUUGAUACCAAAUACAUGAAGCCCUUGUUAACGCAUUCCAGACCUACGUUAUUAGAAACGUUGCCGGUCUGUUGUAGUCCGCUAGCAAGAAUUCUCACAACCACGCAACAAAUGACGCAGGACGAAGUUGCGAGGAAGGUCGAUUCAGAUUCGGACUUCUGCUUGGAAGAUCGCGAGAUGGAACGACGCAGGACCAGCGUUCAGCCGGUGAGUUUCCAUCAGCCUAAUCUCAAUUAUACUGUUAAUCCGUGCUAUCAGCCUAACAACAGCACCACAGACGUCGGCACUAAUCCGGACGAGCCCUAUGUAAUUCUCAAUUUACACAGAAGGUAGAACUAACAGCAAUCCUAACACCACCACCUUUUGUGUAUCUGAACUUUUUAGGCCGAAGAAAGGAAAAGCGGGAGAAUGGAAGAAUCGUGUAUACAUAUUUCGCGUUAAACGCAGAAUUACAAUUUACUUAAUUAAUUCCUAUGUAACUUGCUUUACAUUCCUUCAUAGUCGUAUACAAUUUCGCUAAAAGUUUCACGUUCUUUGUUUUCCGACAAAGUCGACUGAUACAUCAUACAAAUGAAUCUCAUAUCUCAUUUCUUUUUUUAAUUCUUUACUUUGACUGUGAGUGUAAACAAUAAUAGCCUGCGGCUAGUGUGUGUACACUGUAUAUUUCUACGCAUGUUCUCUAUACUGUAUAUGUAAUACAGACAAUACGUAUAGGAGAUGUAAUCGCGCGAACGUUCAUUACUUUACAUUCGACUUUAAUAAUCGCCUCCUCUUGCUUUCGUUCUUUUAUAUAAAAUACAAGCUUGAUGUCUAUUGCACGUAAAACUAAUUUUAUCUGGACGAUAUGACGUUUUGUUUUCGAUUUCCGAGUUCAAAACCUCGAGUGAAACAGCAACAGUGGAUUUGGAUGUGAUAGCAGCGUAACUCGAAAUGGUACUUUUUUUAAGAGAAACGAAUUUAAGAGUUUAGUAACUAAUUUCAAAAGAUGAAAAAAAUCAGAUCUACAAAUAAAUACUUUUAUAUAAUUACACAGUUCUAAUGAUGACUAUCACCAAUUAAAUAGUGGAAUCUCAAGUUUUAUGCUGCUAUUACAAUCAAUGUCUCAAUUUUGAAAACGACAAUGAUAACUAUAAAUACACCGUAAAUUUUUAACAAAUCUGCUUGCUUAAGAAUAAGGGGAAUGUACGUAUGCUAUUUGUUAAUGCAAACCGACUUUUUUCUGCUCUGCUCCAAUCUUAUAACACCGUACGUGACAGAUAGUGAAAUGUUAACGUGUCAAUCGCCGUUGCGUGCGAAUGACUCCUCGUAACUGCGUAUUCUUUUCUGUUGAAGUGAUUUAUAACUGUGCAGCAAGUAACUAUUUUAGUCAACGAUUGCCUAUGAUAUACACAUAACGAGAAUUAAUGAAUAGACAAUAGCGUGUGAUAUUCAUUGCAUAACGAUGGAAUAAAUUUCUUAUUUAUAAACUCGAUUCUCGAAAAUUAUGUUUAAUGUACGUAGAGAUGACAAGACUCUUCUCUGAUCUUUGUUUUUGCUUGUGUGUCUUUCCCUUCUUCUCUUUAGAGGGAAAAAAAAUCACAGUCACGUAUAUUUGCGGAGCGCACGUUUGACCGUACUUUUUUUUCAUCGGUUU